CAAUUUCGAACACUGGGGCGCGAGCGUUGUCGUGUCUGAACUUGUUGACAUUCUUUUGUUUACAAGUGAGUUUGUUCCUUUCUAGCUAACGUUAGCUGUCAGGCAGGCAAAGCCCCUCUUGACAAUGCUCAAAACAGCAAGAGAGACACCGUUUAGAAUGAAAGUCAUUGGACAACGAUCUGUUUUCACAUUUCAAAGUGUCAUCUAGCUCGUUUUCCAGGAAUCAAAAUGUCAAUAAAUAUAUUGCGCAAUAUUUGUGAUCGGGCCAUUCAUUCGCAUGCUAGAUCUAGUCUCAACGUUACAAAUAGGAUACAAUUUAGGUCUAAACAAUAACGUUACAAAUUGGCUACGUACCAUUUGGCCAUUUCUAGCUAAGGUGACGAUGUAGCAGAAAGCGUCUUUGUUAUUGUCUUCCACACCUUCUAUGUGAUACAAAUGUAACGCUAGCAGUUAGUACAUAAUUCAAAUGACGUUGUAAUCGUUAACGUUUCAAUUCCAUCACAAAUCUAUUUAAACUAUUAAUUGCGACUGUUUUUUUUUUCUUCGAAUGAUAUGUUGUGUAAUGUUUGUACGAACGUAACAGUGUUAUUGACAAUUGUUACGCAGUUAUGAAUGAAUGAGCUCUGUUGCGCAUGCGCGAAGUUACCAAAGUUUAUAAACGAGCCAGGACUGCAUGCCAUUGCUGCAUGCAUAUGGGUCACAUGACAGUUCUCUAUGUAGUCCACACAGACAAUGGACUUUAUUAUUGAAAUCAUCCCUAAUGAAAUUAUCUUACCUGCAAAUUAGAUUUAAAAAAAAUGUAUGACCAUAAUGUUGCAGUAGAAAUAUAUAAACAUUUAACCAAUGCAUUUUCUUUGAUUCAUCUCCUAUAAAUAUUCAAUGCAAAUAUACACUAUGUAAGUCUAGCGUUUUAAAUAGGCUCCUAAUUAAAAAGACAAGUAAUAUAAGCAUACGUUUUCUCCAUUUUGUAUAUUUUACAUGCAUGCCUGUUUUGGUCAGAUUGUGAUAUUGUAAUUUAUCAUUGUGUCUCCAGUGUUUACAGGCCAGCUAGACAUGGUGUAAUAUGUUGUGGUGAGUUUAGACUGAACGAGUAGAGGAACCACAGAUGGAUGCUAAUAGAAUGGAGGACUCAUUUGAUCAUCUGAAGGCUCUGCCCUCCUCACGUGACUGUCCCCCCACUCCCAUGGAGUAUGAUGACCUGCCAGAGCUGCAGGAGUUGGACGAGAGCCCGUCCUCUCCAGUCCUGUUCCAUGUGGGGGCUGGUGUGUCCCGUCAGGAGUGUAUAGCUGGUUCCCCUCAUACCAACUGGCUGACUGAGCUGGCUAUCAUCGCUACCAGCCCUCAGAGCCCCCUGCUGCAGGAAGCUGCUCCCAUCGAGAGGUCAUCUCCUCUGCACAUCUUUUCCACCAAUCGUAGUUUACAUUCCUACGCCCGUCCCCCCCUGGCCAGCAGUGCACCCAGCCCCUCUAGAGGUCACCUCAGGGAACGCAGCAGACGUGUCAGGGCCAGCAGUGAGUCAGAGUCUGGUAUUUUCUCUAUGGCCUCCUUCUCUGAUGAUGAGGACAUGGGCUGGUCACACUCCUGGCCUUCUACAGCCUGGCACUGCUUCCUGAAAGGCACCCGCCUUCGGUUCCACAGAGGCCUUAACAAGGAGUGGCAGGAGGCUGAAGACCUCGGGGACUCUGAUGACGAGUCAGAUGAUGAGAGAAUGACGCCGUUCACCUCCCUCAAGAGCUAUGGUUCUGAAGGUCUGAAGUUAGUGGCCCACGAGGACAAUGUGUCCUACGGCCAGGCCGUCCUCAAACUCACCUUUGACCCCGGCUCGCCAGAAGAAGGCCUGUUAACGGCAGAGUGCAGAUUUGAUCACCCCUUCUUUGUGAAAAACAAAGGUUGGUCCUCAUUCUACCCUAGCCUGACGGUGGUGCAGCAUGGUAUCCCCUGCUAUGAGAUUCAGGUUGGGGACCUGUGUCUUCCCCCGGGACACAGGGACACCAUCAACUGUGAUGACUCUGAUGUCUUGGACACCUUCAGGAGUUAUGAUUUCACUCCUCUGGACUCGUCAGCUGUGUAUGUUCUGAGCAGCAUGGCCAGACAGCGUAGGACCUCCCAGUCCAGUAGUGGCGCUGUCUCCCCCGACCCAGAGAAACUCUCCGUCUCCCCCCAAUCCUCCUCUGCCAGCAAAUCAAACAGGAGCUAUACCUCAGGGACGGCCCCCGGCGGGGCCACACCCACCAAAUGCAAACGGCCAAUGAACGCCUUCAUGCUCUUCGCUAAGAAGUACAGGAUGGAGUACACACAGAUGUACCCUGGGAAGGAUAACAGAGCCAUCAGCGUGAUCCUGGGUGAGAAGUGGAAGAAGAUGAAGAACGAGGAGAGGAGGAUGUACACCGUGGAGGCCAAGGCUCUUGCCGACGAGCAGAAGAGACUCAACCCUGACUGUUGGAAACGCAAGAGAACCAACUCAGGGUCCCAGCAGCCCUAGAUGACCUAUGACCUCCAGACAUGUGUUUGGCGUGGAGAGGUCAGAGGUGAACUGACCGACCAAUCUGGCAAAGCCACUAUCUCUCUAGCCUGGUGCCAGAUCAGUUUUUUUGUUGUUGCUGUAUAUCCAGCUCCUAUGGUCAUUGGACCAUAAGAAGGCACAAAACAGAUCUGGAACCAGGCUAUUUACUAUCUUUCUUUUUGCUUACCUGUCAAAUCAAUGAGACACUUAACUGUGAUGUGGAAUACACUUGCUUUUAUAACCAUUAUAGACAGGACUACACACAUUUUAAGACAAAACGACAACUAUGAACUAUAUAUUAAAAAGCAUCUAAUCUAGUGUAACUAACAGUGCUUAUAUUUUGUUAUAUUUUAAAUAACAUACAGAUAUGCCUUAUUAUUCCUUUAUAACUAAGGCUCAGUUAUAUAUUUGUUCAGGUAAUUUCAUAUUUCGAUGCUUGAAACCUUGAGAUCGGGGUCGGCAAAAUUCUGGUAACCUUUUAAAAAAAAAAAAUUAAAAAAGGAUUCCCUGUAUUCCCAGAAUUCCUGGUUGGAAGAUUUCCAGAAUAUGCAUGAAAUCCAACAUACUCCAACCAGAAUUCCUGGAAAACCUGGGAAUUUUGCGAGUUACUGGAAUUACUGAACCCGACUUGAGACCCAGUGGUGCUAAGCUCGGUGAAGGAACAAGUAGCAGUGAUACAAAGUGUAUAUUUUUUUUUGUAAAAAGAAAGAAAAGGGAAUUUAAAAAUGCAUUUUCUUCUCUUCUCAGCUUGUUGUUCAUAUUGAUUACAGCUCCGUAUAUUGCACAGAUUGAAAAAAGCCUUUCAUACAUUGUAUCAUAUUAGCUGUGAGCUUGAAGGGCAAUAUAAAGUUUGUUAUACAUAUUGCCCAUCUGUGGCCUGAUUUUCCCUGAAACACGGAGAGGGACAUUUUAAUUUUCUGUUUUGAAACGUUUUUUGCGUUCUGGGUCCUAAUGAACAU